UGGUUCUAAUUCAAUUUUUAAAUUUGAUUAAAGUCGUAUCUUCAGUGAUGAUAGGUAUUUCAGAUUAUUGAUAAAGCACUCAAACAUGACUCAAACACAAAACUUUGUCCGCCGAUAGAAGUCUUAUGACAUCACUAACGUUUCCCUAGAUUGAUUUAUUUUGUGUGAACCUUAAGUAGGCAAUAGAGACGAUAUAUACGCGGCGCAAUGUUUUUCGUAUUUGUGUGCUAUGGUUAUGGAAUAAUAGAAGUAAUCAAGGUUAUGACAAACAACACUGAAAAGGCUCCCAGUUCCAGUCAGCCUGGAGAAGGGAUCAGAAAACUGAGGACAACCAAUGUCUUCAGAGCUGUCAACUUUGAGCUUUAUGCCAAGCCAAACAAGGUGGUGAUGGUGCUGGGCAGUGCCGCGCUGGCCGGCUGUCUGGGAUACAUCCUCUACAUGCGGUCCCAGGUGGAUACCAAGACCACCUACCUGGCCGAGGCUGACGACGGAAACCUGUACGUCCAGCCCAAAAAGUCCAAGUGGGACAUGUGAGUCUCGUCUGGUGUCCAGUAGUCGAGCAUACACGCCAUCAUGGAAGUGCGUCAGAGCCUGACGCCACUGUCGGGCUCCACGUCCAUGGAUGAACUGCGCAGUUUCAUCCGAAUCGAAAAGUGUCCGCUGUGCGAACGCACUGCCAAAAACUUCUACUGCCGCUUGUGUGUGCGUACCGGUGAUUUUGGACACUCGCGUGACCAGUUCCCGACGCGCUUCGCCGACCGAAAGCUGCAGCUGUUUCGGCUCAAACACGAGAUAAUCAACUACGCCAUCGCGGUAGAGGACGCGACGGCGGCGGAGCGGCGGCAGGUGGAGCGGCGCGAGCGAGAGGCGGCCGCGCGCCAUCGCGUCCAGCUGCUGCAGGCGGCGCUGGCGGAGCGACGCGCGCGCAUUGUUCAACUGCAGGCGCAGCUGGCAGCCUCGCGGCGCGCCAGCCGCCAGAUGCGCGACCGGCAGCCGCGCAUGAGGGUGCGCCUCAACGACCUGCGUGACCGGCAGCAGUCGUCGCACGUCGGCACGGAGCGGCUGGGCCAGCGGCUGGAGAUCGUGCGCCACGCGCUCAAGGGCAAUGUGCGCGGUAACGUGCGCCAACUGGUGUCUGUGGUGUUCCCCGUGUCGGAGGUGCAGCCGCGGCCGGGCCUGGGCCGGCCGCCGGCCGCGCUCACAGAGACCGAGUCGGCGCUGGCCGAGGCGCAGAGCCUGGCGUACGUGCGCGGCCGCUGGGUGCAACUGGAGCCCGUCGGCGAGCUGCAGUAUCGCGUCGUGGAGCCGACGCUGCCCGGCUCGGGCGACUACUCGGCCUACCACGUGUGGGCGGCCGCCGGCCAGGAGCCGGUGCCGACGCCGGCGCCCACCAGCGGCUCCGUCAGUCCCGUGCACAACCUGUCGGCUGCGCUCACCUACACGGCCCAGCUGCUCAACGUCAUCGCCUUCUACAUGGACGUCCGGCCGCGCAACCGGCUAUGCUACAGCGAGUUCUGUCGCUACGAGAUGUCCGAGCGCGAGUUCAACCACCGCGUGGCCAAGCUGAACGCUAACCUUGUGUGUCUGUGCCUGCACGCGGGUGUGGACGCGGCGCUGUUGGAGCCGCGCCGCACCGCCUACAACCUGACACUGCUCCUGGGCGGCGACCUGGGCCGACGCGGCGCAGUCAGCCCUCCGGACGCGCUCGUCGCCUCCAUGGAGGAGUCGAUGCGCGCCGACCUGGACUUCAGCGACCCGCUGGAGGCGGCUGAGGCGGCGGCGCGGCCCAGUCCCGUGGACGACUCGGACGCCGACUGGGAGCAGGUGCCACACGAGGUGGUCAGCGGUGGAGAGCCGGGCGGGCCGGGAUCGGCAAGCGUGGCCGCUGGACUCGUCUCCACAGCCGCCGCCAGUGUGGCCUCGUUCCUGCGCGGGUUCAACCGGUAGGGAGUGCGUGGCAGGCGACGGAGGGUUGACAGUUCAUGUGAAAGUGUGAUGGCGAUGCAUGUAUAAUUGUAUAUGCCGUGUGAUAGACAUGCCCGACUAACCACGGCAGGCUAGUGUUCAGUCAAUGGCGAGUUGUCAUUGUGAUUAAUAUUAUUAUGAAUUUUUGUAAGAGCGUUGCCCAGGAAGGGUUGUGUGUUCCCGUAAAUUGAAUUCAACAAUCCUGUGAAUGUACGUACAUGGUGCUUUAUAUGAUUGUGACUGGAUGAAAUGCAUUUUAUGAUCAA